UGAGUGUGUGAGAGAGAGAGAGAGACAGACAGGAGAGUGAGAGUGUGUCAGAGAGAGAGACAGACAGGAGAGAGAGUGAUUAGUGAACACAUUGAUUGGAUUAUUGAUCUGUGGAAGUUGAAGAACAGAAGGACGGAGUGUGUUGGCGAUGCCCUUCCUGGAGGAAGAUAAUGCUCGAGCAGAGAGAGCUGGCCGCAGGAAGGAGGAGGCUCUGUGCCCCUCUUCCAGCCCCACCAGGAGCCUCUUCUAUCGGGCUCCGUUCAGCCCCCGCUCUUCUACAGCCAGAACCUCCAGCUUCAAGAUGAGCCCCAGCAACCCCAAAACCAUCUUCCCAGACCAGAUUGGACCUCCCCAGCAGGACUCACCACUCAAGUCUCCACGCAGGCUUAGUUUCAGUGGGAUCUUCCGAUCGACCCCCAGGCAUUUAAACCAGCAACCCUUGUCCUCCCCCGUGAGCAUGAAACUGUUCACCCGCAACAAGAGAGUCAAGGUCAGAGCAUACAGCCUCUCCUCCCCACCCCCCCACUAUCUACCCCGUCAGGAGGACGUGAAUGCUUUCCGUUUGGAGACGUACCAGACAGAGCCAAAGCGUCUGGAGACCAGGAGGCUGCGUUCCUUCUCCUCCCCUCCCGACACCGGACAGCGCUCCCCCACCCCUUCCUGCUUCCAGCUUCUUGCUCUGGCUCCGCCUAUUCCGGUUGGGAGGCUGGUUGCAGACAGCAUGUUGGAGCAGCCAGACCCCGAUGAUGCCGCUUCAGAAGAGUCAGAGCGAGACAUCUACAUGCGCUUCAUGAAGUGUCACAAGUGUUAUGACAUCAUCCCGACCAGCUCCAAACUGGUGGUGUUUGACACCACACUGCAGGUGAAAAAAGCAUUCUUUGCUCUGGUGGCCAACGGAGUGAGAGCUGCUCCACUAUGGGAGAGUAAGAAACAGGGCUUUGUAGGAAUGUUGACCAUCACAGACUUCAUCAACAUCUUGACCAGAUACUAUAAGUCCCCCAUGGUUCAGAUCUACGAGCUGGAGGAACAUAAAAUUGAGACGUGGAGAGAGCUGUACCUGCAAGAGACCUUCAAGCCUCUGGUCCACAUUUCACCUGGAGCCAGUAUAUUUGAAGCCGUGCACUCUCUUAUAAAGAAUAAGAUUCAUCGGCUGCCGGUUAUUGAUCCGGUCAGCGGGAACGCGCUCUACAUCCUGACUCACAAGAGGAUCCUCAAGUUCCUGCAGCUCUUUGUGUGUGAGAUGCCCAUGCCGGCCUUCAUGAAGCAGACUCUGGAGGACCUGUCUGUGGGGACAUAUGCCAACAUCGCCUUCAUUCAUCCCGACACGCCACUCAUCACUGCGCUGUCCAUCUUCACGCACCGCCGCGUUUCCGCUCUCCCCGUUGUUGACCACAACGGUAAAGUGGUGGACAUCUACUCCAAGUUUGACGUCAUUAACCUGGCGGCAGAGAAGACGUACAACAACCUGGACGUGACGGUCACUGAGGCCCUCAGACAUCGAUCCCAGUACUUUGAAGGAGUCAUGAAGUGCAACAAACUGGAAACACUGGAGACCAUCGUGGACCGCAUCGUCCAGGCCGAGGUUCACAGACUCGUUGUCGUUGAUGAGGAGUCUCGUAUCGUCGGCAUCGUCUCUCUGUCUGACAUCCUGCAGGCUCUGGUCCUGACCCCUGCAGGUCUCAGAAGAAAGGAGUCUCUCCCCUCUCAGCUGACAGCUUUGGAUUCAACAAAGACAGGGAUAGGAUGUAAACCUGAACUAGAUCAAAACCAGGACCUGUGUAAAGAAACACAAACAGGCUGCCAGUGGAGACAGGCAGAGAGACAUGAAGAGAGACAGGAAGAGAGACAUGAAGAGAGACAAGGAGAGGGACAUGAAGAGA